AUGAUCGCUUGGAUGCAAACUCUUGUGGCUCUUUGCGCUACCCUUCCUUUGGCAAGCCUUGGGGCGGGAGCCGUGCUUCCCCGACAGACCAAUUCGACCUCUUCCGCCUACUGUGGCACCGAUUUAUGCACUUGGUGGCAUGACACCGCUGAGAUCAAUACUGCCACUGCGGUCAAGCCUGAAAAUGUCCGGCAAUCCCAUCGGUAUCUCGUCCAGGUGGCCAUUGCGGGCACGGGGCAAUACCAUGAUUCUUUCGUUUACGAAACCAUCCCGCGCAAUGGUAAUGGCGAUAUUUCGAGUCCUGGGGGUGGCGACACCUUCACUGGAGAUGAUGGUAUCUCUAUUGAAAUUGACGCCGGCAUCACUAUGGCUUGGACGCACUUCGAACAUCAGAAGGAUGUUGAUGUCAAGAUCUCAAGAAGAGAUGGUGCAGAUGUAGGCACAGAUGUCACGAUCCGACCAACCGCUAUUCAUUACGAUGUUAAACACGAGGGUGGUGCCGUGUUUGUCCGAGUGCCCGCUGAUGCUAAUGGGCACCGGUUUUCUGUCGAAUUCGCGAACGAUCUCUUCACAUAUCGCUCCGAUGGUCAAGCGUAUACCACGGAUGGAUCUGGAGAUGUUGUUGGUAUCGAGCCCACCAAUGCCCUUAUGAUCUUUGCCAGCCCGUCUCUACCCGCCGCAUCGAUCCCUUCCAAGAACGACACCAACACUAAGUUGAUGGAACCGGGCGCCUUCACUGUGGCCGACAUUGGAGCAUCUCCCAUUGUUUAUUUCCCCCCUGGAGUGUACUAUAUCGACUCCCAGCCUCUCGGAGCAGCCCAUGUCAAGCUCGAUCCUGCCACUUACUGGGUCUAUCUGGCUCCCGGGGCGUACGUGAAAGGGGCUAUCGAAUACACCACCACUGCUAAAGACUUCUACGCUACUGGCCACGGCGUCCUAUCUGGAGAGAUAUACGUCUACCAGGCUAACGCUGAUAAAGGCUACAUAGCUGAGAAGGACGACGUGAGCAGCCUACGCAUGUGGUGGCAUCGCGGCAUCCAAAGUGGGCAGGCAUGGCAUGCCCUCGGUCCCACAACCAAUGCCCCGCCUUUCAAUAGUAUGGACCUCAAGGACGGUAGCGCCGAUCGGGAAGAUAUUUCAGUCACGAUUUCCGAUUACAAGCAGGUUGGCGCGUUCUUUAUGCAGACUGAUGGCCCACAGAUGUACACCAAUGGCAACGUCCAUGAUGUCUUCUAUCACUGCAACGAUGACGCUAUCAAAACCUACCACUCUGGGGUAAAGGCCUCCCGUAUCACAGUGUGGAAAGUCUUCAAUGAUCCGAUUAUCCAGAUGGGCUGGACGCCUCGAGACGUGCAUGACGUUUCUAUCGACACUCUCUAUAUCAUCCACACUCGCUACCGUAAGAGUGAGAACGUGGUUCCCUCGGCCAUUAUCGGAGCCUCCAACAAUUAUGACGGCUCGGAGACUGUUGACGAGUCAAAAUCCCUGAGCAUUUCUAUUUCAAACGUGAUCUGUGAAGGCCCGUGCCCGGGGCUAUUUCGGCUAGCCCCAUUGCAGAACUAUGCGGGUUUCACCGUGAAAAACGUUCAAUUCCCUGACGGCCUGAUUGCCGGUAAUAUUCACAUUGGGGAUUCAAUUAUCGCCACAACGGACGACACGACGAAUCCUGGCUUCGACAAACUCGAGAUGGGCCUGGAUAUCUCGGAUUGGACGGUUAAGGGUGAAAAGGUGACAAUGGAAAAUGCCCAGACACUUGGCCAGUUCCACAUCAAUGAUGCCUAUAAGGGACAGUGGUCUAUUACCUGA